AUGGCCGCUCGGCCCGCCACCGGGACCCCGGUUCCGACGCUGUUCCUGCUGUUGCUGCUACUGCUGCUGGUGGCCGCACCCGGGCUUCUGAUGGCCGAGCCCGCAUCAGGAAGUGUCAUCCCGGCUGAAAGCCGGCCUUGUGUGGAUUGCCAUGCUUUUGAGUUCAUGCAGAGAGCCCUCCAGGACUUGAAGAAGACUGCCUACAGCCUUGACACACGGACAGAGACACUCCUCCUACAGGCUGAAAGAAGAGCCCUGUGUGAAUGCUGGCCGGCUGUGUCCUAGGCCAACUUCAGCAUUUCCAUUCCACCCUGCAGUUAAAAAAAAAACUGCAGGAAACUUUGGCUCAAGAUGUAAGCAUCUGAACUGCCCCAGAAGGAAAGGGGUUGUUCCUCCCCCUCCCUCCAGAGCACAUCUCCCCCGCUUCUGCCUGCAUCACCUCAGCUGUGGCCCCUGCACUGUGAACACCUGUCUGUGGCCUAGGGAGCAGGGCUCCUGACACAAGAGUUGUCUCCUGUCCCUCCCAC